AUUACAUCACUCUCGACGACCGCAAUCGGGAGUUUCACGCUGUACAUGUUCUACGCGAGUGCCAGAUUCUGCCAACCCUCCGAGACCCUGAUGUGGUCCUGUGGUGCAAACCGCGAGGCCAACCCCUUGUUCAAGCCUGUCGUGUCUGGCGGCGACGGUAGUGACGUCCAGUUCCAUGAGUGCUGCAACCAUGAAGUGCCGUAG